GUUGCAAUGACCCGGUCACACCCUCCAUCUCCUCCGGCGGUUUUCCAGUGGUUGCCACAAAUUUAGAACGGACCAGAUCAAAUUUUCGAUCCAUUACAUCAGAAUCCACAAACACCAAAUGCAAAACUUGCAAUCUAUACCGUUAAAAGCAUCCCCAAUAAUCUAUCAAAUCCUCCAGCCACCGUUCGAUCGUUUCCCAUUCACAGUAUAAAACAAAUCACGUUACAAUUCACAGAGAGAGUGAGAGAGAAAGAGAGAGAGAGAGAGCAGAAAUUCUCAGAGAGCUUUUGGUAGUUCAACAAUGGCGGAGAAACCAGUGAUGGUGAUGGGAUUGGAUGAGAGCGAGCAUAGCUUUUAUGCAUUGGAGUGGACAUUGGACAAUUUCUUUGCUAAAUCCGGGUCGGAUCAUCCAUUCAAGCUGGUUAUCGUUCAUGCUAGACGGACUCCGGCUUCUGUAAUCGGAGUCGCUGGACCUGGUAUACCAUUACAAGGAUCUGGAGAUUUUAUUACAGUUCUAGAGACAGACAUCAAGAAGGAGGCUAUUAAGACUGUUGUAAAAGCUACUGAAGUCUGCAAAAAGAAAUCGGUGAAUGAGGUGACGGUGGAAGUAAAUGAAGGAGAUCCAAGGAAUGUGAUUUGCGAAGCCGUGGAUAAACACCAUGCAUCUAUUUUGGUUGUGGGGAGUCAUGGUUAUGGAGCUAUAAAAAGGGCUGUUCUUGGAAGCGUAAGCGACUACUGCACUCAUCAUGCUCAUUGCACAAUCAUGAUCGUGAAAAAGCCCAAGAACUGAGCCAUUAUCUUCCUUCUCAGCUUCAUCACAAUGAGUCCUUCUCAGCUUCAUCACAAUUGAGUCAAUGACUCUAUUUGUCCUUAAAAAAAAAUAAUAGAAGCAUUGGGUUUGGGUUUUUAACAUAUUGGUUUUCUUGUAACCCUUUUAGAAUGCUUUCUUGUGAUAACCACGUAUGAAAUAGUUCCAUAUUCUCUACCACUUCUAUGAUCAUUUGAGUUUUUCAAGUUAACAGAGGCAAUAACAUAGAUUACAUAUUCAACUAAAAACCACUUUAAAGAGACCUUUUUCAAAAGAAAUCAAAAAAUUACUUUAUUUUGGAUUGUGAAUUAUUAUAUGGAUGAAACAUGACAUGAUUUAAUUCUUACAAAGUUAUGGUGUAGUACUACCUACGGGGCCCAUAAGUAAGACCCGAAAUUCAAAUAAUCCUAAUGGUAGUGUAAAAAAACAAAAAAUAAAAAUAAAAAUAAAAAAUUUGUUGUUUAUUGUAUUUCUCUCCAUGGAUGUCCUUGAAAGAUUUCUCAGCAGAAAAGUCUAAAUCCAAAUCAAUUUUUAUAAAAGGAUAAUAAACUUAUGGUUUCAAAAAUCUAGAUCACAAAUUGAUUGUUUCUCGAUCAUACCGUAAAUACCCCAGUGACUUACGAAAACAGUGUUCAAACCAUAAACUGUCAACAGAAAACCAAAGACCUGGCCUGAAGCCUUUUAAGUACCGAAAAUACAGAAAAGAAAGAUUUAAAAUAAAAUAAAAAAGGCAAAAAAAAAAAAAAAAAA